UACGAUUCCGUUGCCAUGUGACCGGCCGCUUCAGCUCACACUCCUCGACAAUUCUUUUCUUUCUGCGUUUGUUCAUUCUUCUACCUUCUUGUCUUACGCAGAUUGUUUUUAGACUGUUUGAGUUUUCAGCCUUGUUUACCUUGGUUUUGGAUCCCUGCACUCACUAUUCUCACAUUUCCAUAGCUUUUAGAAUCAUUUGCAGUAGUUUGCUUGCAUCUCAAAACGUUAAAUUGAGUUUUUUUCCGCCGCAAUCCGCUCAGCAUUGGCAUACUUACGGGUUUUACCUGCCGGAGAUAUCAGACGGGUAGUUUCAAGCAUUGCAGAUUAUCAUUCAGGCUAACCGUAAACAUCCGGUACGUAAUUUCUGUUUUCUGUCACGAUUUAGCGGCCGCUGCGUAAGAAUUGUACGUUUUUGCCGCCAUUUCGAGCCAUUGCUGUAUUGAAUCACGCCAUAUGUCAUUGUAAUUGCUGCAGCCUGUUGACUGUUUCCAUCUAUAUUCUUAGGUCGUUAUUUUGCUACAAUUUGGUUAGGUUUCUUAUACAGAGUCUCUGCAAAAUCCCAGUCAGUGAAAAAAAAAUAAAAAAAUAAAAAAUACAAAAAAAAUCGGCAUAAUUUUUAUGGUCACGCGUGUCUCCAUUGUCCUAGUAUUUUCCCAUACGUUUAUGUCCAUCCGUUUCUUUGUUUUUACAUUUUAAGUUUCUCCAGUCUGCGUGAAUCCUUAUUAGGGUUUUCGUGAGUAUUGUAUUUUCCUGUUUUCCGUAGUAUUUUCUUCAAUUUACCUGGAAUUUAGGCUGUCUAUCGCAUUAGUCUAAAAAAAAAACAAAAAACCGUUUUCCGAGUUUUUACAAAAGUUUCAAUCAAGACAUCUUCUCCCAGAUUUGAGUUUGACGUACAAUAAUCUUAUAAUUGUGAUCGUACUGUCCGAGUUGUGUCCACAAAUUUGCAUUACUGGAACUGCUAGUAUCAUAGUCCUUGGUGCUCUGCCUACUUUACAAUUUAAUUAAGAAAGUAGGAUACCAUUUCUUUAGUGUUACUAGAUCAAAAUUAUCACAGUCUGCUGCAAUUCUAUCCUUUAGUGCAAGCCAGUUUUGCAAGGAGGCCGGUAAUAGUCUUUUCUCUGCAUAUCAAAUCAAAAUUCAGAAGAUUUCCCUAAGAAGAUUUUUUUUGAGAUUGUCACUCUGUCUUCUAUUUUCUAUCCCUGAUCACGGAAAACAGUGAUAAAGGUGCCAAGUCUACAUUUUAUAAUAAGGAACGUUCUGUGUGUCAGACCUCCACACUACGCUAGUUCUAAGGUUUGUGGUGAAAGAUUUGAUUGUGUGCUUGUAAUCUGAAGAAGGAUGGCGUCUGAUCUUCUUCCAUAUGCUUUAUUUGGGGGAAAUGUGUCAGAAAAUGUGGCUGUUUCAAAAGUAGCUGAAGGAAACGAUCGUAACUAUGCAAGUCCCAAUAUCUGGAAAUUGGAUCAGGGCAUUGAUGUUGACAGCGCCAAACAAGAGGUUGCAGAUAUUUCUGAUGAUUGGAUUGCAAAUUGUAAUACUUACCAAUGGUCUGCUGGACAAGGAGAGAUCCUUCAAGGAGAUUGGGUUCUUAAUGACAAAAGGUCUAUGUCACUCGCCCCCAAGGAAGUGUGUAAAGAUAAUGAGAAUAUGAAGGUUGGUGAUCUGGAUAUACCUGGAUCGGGACAAAGGGGAUUCUCUAGGGAAACCAGAGUCAGGGAAAUGGACUUGAAAACCGCAUUCACAUCUAUUACUGAGUGGUUUGAUGAUUUUGCAGUGGAUUCUGAGGAGCUAGAUGCUGCUGCACAAAUAGAGAGCCAGAAUAGACAGUUUGAUAUGAAAUAUUUGCUGGCUGGGUUGUGGGAAAUUGGUCAUUACAAUUUAGAGGAUAUAUGCACUUCAGUGGGGAAGCCAGGAAAUAUAGUGAGAGAAGAUAAUGUGCUGUUUGCAGAAUGGGGUGUGUCCAAUUCAUUUCGGAAGAGCUCUAAAGAACAGGUAGAAAAUCAAAGAUUAUUGGGAUGCAAUGAUUACAGGGCAAAUGCAAAUGCUAGUAUACCCAAGGACAAAGCAAAUCAGGAGAAGCAGAAAAUUCUAGCACCUUCGUGGAAUGCUAUGGAUAUUAUGUUGGAUUUUCAUGUUCCUGAAAAUCACAAAGAAAAUCUUAAAGAGCAUGGAGAAUACUUUGGGACAAAGCUAGGGAGUAACUUGAAUAGAAUGCCAACGAGGAUUGGUAAUUUGGCAUGUGAAGCAGCUACUAUGGAAAAAGGAAUCUUUCCUCUAGGAGAGGAAGAAAAUGACAUUAUAUCAAAGCUAGCAGGUGACGGGCAGUGGCUUGAGCACAUUUUUGGUAUUGGGACUGUGUUAGAGGGAACAAAUAUAGUGCCAAAAUUUAUCAAUCCUUAUUCAGGUGACUUGCAUUUGGUAAAGGAGAAUAGUUUGACCGAAGUACAUCAAAGGUGCCAGAAAGUAGACAUUGCAGAACAUACAGCGUGCAGUCCAGGUAUGGCCUUCACUGAUGGCAACAAUAGUGAGGAAAAAGGGAUAUGGUUUGGUGAGUUUAAGAAUUGUAGUGAUCGAGAGGUUUCUGGAGGUUUGCCUCAUGAGGCAAUUUUCUUCACUCUUGCUUAUCUUCCUUUGCAAGAUCUUUUAUCAGUUGAGAGGGUUUGUAAAUCUCUUAGAGCUGCGGUGAAAAAUGAUGAACUUCUCUGGCGGCAUCUGCAUGUGGAGCAUCCUUUAAGCAAGAAGUUUACAAAUGACUCCCUCAUACAGCUUUCAUCAAGGGCUCAAGGUCAUUUGCAGUGUCUGAGUUUAGUGGAAUGUUUGAGGGUUACUGAUGAAGGACUGAAAGUAGUUCUGGAUAGUAACCCUAACCUUACAAAGUUAUGUUUGCCAGGGUGUACUAGAGUAAGUGCAGAAGGCAUAGUACAGAUUGUGAAGGAUCACACAGAAAAUAAUAGAAAUGGAAUGUCUGGAUUGAAGCAUUUAAGGAUCCGUGGCCUUUAUGGUCUAACAAAAGAUCACCUUGAUAACUUGAAGUCCUCUGUGAAUGGUGGUUUCCAGCAGCAGACAGGACCAGUUAAACCUCAGUUUUAUCAUAAUGGUCACUAUUCAUUCACAUAUGAUGAUGAUCGUUCAAUUGAUGUUGAAGUUUGCCCAAAAUGUGAUAAUGCAAGGCUUGUCUAUGAUUGCACCAGAGAAAGGUGUCAGCAAAGAAAAGACCAUAAGCUUCAACAAUGUCGUGGAUGUAUAUUUUGCAUUGCUCGUUGUGAAGAGUGUGGAAGGUGCAUUGAUGAUAAUGAAUAUGAAGAAACUUUCUGUUUAGACCUGUUGUGUUCUUCCUGUUGGCUCCAACUCCCGAAGUGCUUAGAAUGCAACAGACCUGGCUGUGGGAGACAUGCAGAUCACUUCAUGAGAAAGCCAGAUACCACUUUUGUCUGUGGUGAUUGUAGGGGUGUGUCAGCUGGUAAUUUAGGACCAGAUUUUCAUGGUUUUGCCUGAUUCUUUACAAAUCUGCUUGAUUUCUUAAAUUUUCAUUUAUUCUUUAUAAAGUCAUGCACGGCAACAACUUUUUACUGUAAAAUUUAAUCCAUUUAUCAGUCAUGAGAAAAGUCAAAUGUGAAUAGAAAGUAAACUGCCUUUGGGUGGUAAAACUACAUCUACCCAUGGCCAAAAAUUUUGGUUCAUUUAUAUGUCCUAAUAAAAACGGACCUAUGAAGUGUUGAUGGUCCCAAAAAUACCUUGAUUUAAUUAGACAAUUUAUCAUUGUCUUCAGUUCAAUUUAACAUCUUUUUUCCCUUCGUUUUUUAAUCAUAGGAUGCAUAUAUCAAGCUGAUGAGAAAAUGAGUUACCACUUACCACCCAUUGAGAAAAUGUUGUCAUGUAUUUCAGUGUGAACCUCCCCAGAAUCUAAGCUGUUCCAAAGAUGGUUAAGCUACAAGCAUUGCUGUCUUGCUGUGGAGCAGACACUAAUCAAUGUCUUUGUAUAUAUUUUGCUGAUGCUCUGGGCAUUCAACAGGACAGACUUAUUGUAUGUUUCUUUGAUAUCAAUAUAGAUGACUUGUACAUA